GAACAGCUGUUUGAACCGGCAAAUUUGUCAAUUUGUGAAAUCUUGUGCACAAUCUUUUGUUGAAAUUAUGUCCGAUUUGGAGGAAAGUGGCAAUAAAGAGCCGGAAACGGAGCCGGGACCUGAACAGGAGUCUGAGACGGAUCCCAGGAAGCUGCUGGAGACAACGGCUGCCUGUCAGGAGGACGAGGAUCUGGCCAACAUUGUGACCGCCGAGGAGUACCUGAUGCACAAGGAUGUGGUGCUGCUGGAGUACGAGAAGCAAAUGUUCCUGGACACAGUACAUGCCGAUGGCCUGCUGGUUUGCGCCAAGGGCCUGAGCUAUGAACGUGUGCUGAUUAACAUCCUAAAGGCCUACAGCGAUGCGGGAAACCUAGUACUGGUAAUCAACAGCUCUGACUGGGAGGAGCAAUACUUCAAGUCCAAAAUGGAGGCCAAAUAUGUGCACGAUGUGGCCAACACAGCCACUGAGAGAGAACGCGUUUACUUGGAGGGCGGCCUGCAGUUCAUUAGCACACGUAUCCUGGUAGUGGAUCUCCUCAAGCAGCGCAUUCCCAUUGAGUUAAUCAGUGGAAUAAUUGUGCUGCGUGCUCACACCAUCAUCGAGAGCUGCCAGGAGGCCUUUGCCCUUCGUUUGUAUCGUCAGAAGAAUAAAACAGGCUUUGUGAAGGCAUUCUCUAGCAGCCCCGAGGCCUUUACCAUUGGUUACUCCCACGUGGAGCGCACUAUGCGGAAUCUGUUUGUCAAGAAUCUAUAUAUUUGGCCACGUUUCCAUGCCACUGUUCGUGCCGCUUUGCAGCCGUGGCAAGCGCAGACAAUUGAGCUGCAUGUGCCCCUUAGCCAGAGCAUGACCUCCAUUCAGACUCAUAUUUUGGAUAUAAUGAACUUUUUGGUACGUGAAAUAAAGCGUAUCAAUCGCACGGUGGAUAUGGAGGCGGUCACUGUGGAGAAUUGUGUCACCAAAAAGUUUCACAAGAUCCUGCAAGCGCAGCUGGACUGCAUCUGGCAUCAGCUUAACUCGCAGACCAAGCUAAUAGUGGCGGAUCUCAAGAUUCUAAGGAGUCUGAUGAUCUCCACCAUGUACCACGAUUCGGUGAGUGCCUAUGCCUUGAUGAAACGCUAUCGCAGCACUGAGUAUGCCCUAAGUAACUCUGGCUGGACUUUGCUGGAUGCUGCCGAGCAGAUCUUUAAGCUCUCCCGGCAGCGUGUCUUCAAUGGUCAGCAGGAAUUUGAGCCGGAACCUUGUCCCAAAUGGCAGGCCUUGACUGAUCUGCUAACCCAAGACAUACCCGGCGAUAUGAGACGCUGCAGGAGGACAGACCAGCCAAAAGUUUUGAUCCUUUGCCAGGAUGCACGCACCUGUCAUCAGCUGAAGAUGUAUUUAACCCAAGGUGGACCGCGAUUCCUCCUUCAGCAGGCCCUCCAUCACGAGGUGCCUGUGGGCAAGCUGAGCGACAAAUACGCUCGGGAAAGUCAGUCAUCUAAAGAGGUUCCUUCCCUACCCAAGGGUACAAAAUCAGAGACAGCGACAGCCAAGCAAGAACCAACUAGUUCACAGCCUAGCGCUGGGAUAGAUGAACUGGCCCAGCUAUUGAGUGAUGUGGAGGCCUCGGCGGCGGGUCAGUGCUUCGAGGAGAGCUACAUGCUGACCAUGACACAGCCAGUGGAACGGGAGCAAGAGCACGAUAAGGAACCCUCACAAUCAAUCAAACCCGAUCCAGAUGCAUCCAUUUUCGAAACUAUACCAGAACUGGAAGAGUUUGAUGUGACAGCAGCUCUGGCAGCGGUUCCCCAUCAGCCUUAUAUAUGUUUACAGACCUUCAAGACGGAACGUGAGGGUGCCAUGGCCUUGGAGCAUAUGCUGGAGCAACUGCAGCCACACUAUGUGAUCAUGUACAAUACGAAUAUAACGGCCAUACGCCAAUUGGAGGUCUUUGAAGCACGUCGUCGCUUGCAAGCUGCAGACCGCUUAAAGGUUUACUUUCUCAUACAUGCAAGGACCGUGGAAGAGCAGGCAUACCUGACCAGCCUGCGUAGGGAGAAGGCAGCCUUUGAGCUAAUCAUUGAUACCAAGAGUAAAAUGGUAAUACCCGAGUACCAGGAUGGCAAAACCGAUGAGGCUUUCAUUUUGUACAAGAACUACGACGAUGAACUCACUGGCGAGGAUAAUGCCAAGAGUCGACAGGCUGGUGGCCAAAAGACAACAAAGGAGACACCCAAAGUCAUUGUGGAUAUGCGUGAAUUUCGUUCAGAUCUACCUUGUUUAAUACACAAGCGUGGCUUGGAAGUGUUACCCUUGACCAUCACUAUUGGGGAUUACAUUCUCACACCAGAUAUCUGCGUAGAGCGUAAAUCCAUAUCGGAUUUAAUAGGAUCCCUAAACUCUGGCCGCCUGUACAAUCAAUGUGUCCAAAUGCAGCGCCAUUAUGCCAAACCUAUACUUCUGAUCGAAUUUGAUCAGAAUAAGCCCUUUCAUUUGCAAGGGAAAUUCAUGUUAUCCCAGCAAACGAGCACUGCCAAUGCUGAUAUUGUCCAGAAGUUGCAACUUCUUACAUUGCAUUUUCCACGUCUCCGUUUGAUAUGGUCACCCAGUCCUUAUGCCACUGCCCAGCUGUUUGAGGAGUUGAAAUUGGGUAAACCGGAGCCAGAUCCUGUACAGGCGGCUGCCUUGGGCAGCGAGGAGCCCACAGCGGGUGAGCAAUUGCAUUUCAACAGCGGCAUCUAUGAUUUCCUGCUACGAUUACCCGGCAUUCAUACACGGAAUAUACACGGACUGCUGCGGAAGGGCAUCAGCCUGCGGCAAUUACUGUUGCGUAGCCAAGCGGAGCUUGGAGAUCUGUUGCAGUCACAGGAGAGUGGCAAGCUGCUUUAUGACAUUCUGCAUGUGGCACAUUUACCCGAAAAGGAUGAGGUGCCCGGCUCAACGGCAUUGCUGGCGGCUGGCAAGCAAUUUGGAGCCGGUUCGCACAAUCGCUUCAGGAAGGCGGCAGCCGAAUCGCGAAGGGGACGUCGCUAAGGGAGUGGAGAAGGAGCAGACCAGAAGGAGUUGGAGUUGGAGUCAGAGAAGCAUCAAUAUAUGUACGUUACGUUACGUCACGCCAGUCAGCCACUGGAGUGCCCAGCAAACAGUCGUCGGCGCCAAAUUAUGGAAAAUAUUUUUUAAACGUUGCAAUUAACUCGCCAGGGGAAUGAGGAGGUACAGCAGCAGCAGCAGGAUACAGGAUGCAGCUGGUGGCUAAAAGGGAGGCAGACAACGUUGACAAUCGGGAACAGCUCUGACCGCUGGGGAUGCGACAAACUGCGAUAUACUGGACACACACACACUGAUGGGGUGCAGAGAGAGAGUCCAUGAAAAUCAAUUUUUAAUAAAUUUUUAAUUGCCAGCCCAACAGAGAGUGGAGAAAGGAGUAAAAGUCUGAAACUGCAUCUGCAUCUGCACCUGCUGCCACAACAGCCAGACCAUGUGAUAAACAGAAUUUUUUAUUAUUUUUUUUUUUUGUAAAAACUGAAAAUACCCCAAAAAACUGCAUAAGAUUCCGCUAGAGACUCGACUCCAUUACAUUAUGUAUAUAUUUAAUGAGAAAAUG